AACUGGAAGUACGAAACCCGAUGUCAAGCUAAAGAAGCACGUAAAGCAUGCAAUAGGAAAGCGCAGCGAAGAUACAGAGAAAAACUAAAGAUGAAGAAAAUAACUUCAUACGCUUCUCCAUCAGACAGCACGACAAGGGACGAGAUAGAAGAAGAACCACCAACUGCAGUCGAUCCUCCAGGAGCUGAUGCGCAAGAAGUCUCGACCGGUAUGGAGGACGUCUCCAAUCAAAGAAGAGAGCCAGAUCCACCCAGCAUAUCACUCACACUGUUGGAGCGCGUGGCUAGGAUAGAACAAGAUGUUGAUAGACUUUUGGUCAGCGUCGAAGACCUCAACGUUAAGAAGUCUCUGCAGAGCCCUAUUGCGCGCGUCAACCCUAAAUUCAAAGAUCUCGUCAGCCGAGUAUACCAAGGUCAGCAGCAACCUGCUGUACCGCAAAAACCAUCGGUCGUUCCAAGAAUGCAUUACAAUCCGCAUGCAUCUACUGGAAACCCUGCACAGGGAUUGUGGCCCUGCUUCGCCUGCCUACCACCGGGCUACGCCGAUGUAGAGAUGUCGAAGAAAGUACCUUACGGAGCGAUCCCAGUUUUUUCCCACCGACCAAUCCUUCACUGCAUUACACCAUCAAGCAGCUGCACUCGAUUAAGAUGCGAUACGGAAGAGCAAGGGAUUCCCGACGGCCAACACCCCUUGAACUUUCAGUAUACGUGGCGAGUAGAAGUUUGA